AUGGCUGGCAUCACCGCAGAGGUGCAAAAAGUGAUCGAGGGCUACUUGGCCAAAGCGAAAGGGGGCACACUGGUGCAGAGUGUCAACGGUUUGCACGACUUCCUGUUGAAGCAGAAGUUGGCCUGGAAACUCAAGCUGUCUUGCGAGUUUAUCGGGGUCCAUCCCGAAAAUAGGGAUGGACUCGGUAUCUCUGCGAGUCACGUGGCUGACUUGAUCAGCAACAUCUCGAGCAUCGGGUUCAGUGCCGCAGAAAGCAGGGCUAUCUGUAGCGAAAUUCCUGACGACAGUCGCGGCAAUGCCUGCCGAGACUUUAACCGUCGCUUGGCGGAAGAAGCUCAGGGCAAGCUGGCACCUGUGGAUCCUUCGAUCCUCAAGUUCGCCAGCAUCGUGGGCAGCCAUGCCAAUCAGGCUGGCCGGUGCUUUUGGUACGGAGUGCCACACCCUGACGAGAAGGUGACCAUCAACGGGAAGCUUAGCCUUGAGAAGCUGGCCACGGUCGAUGCUUCCUGGUGCUCUGCCAUCCGUGAAGGCCUUGAGUGGAUGGUCGUUUCCGCUCAGGUCGUGGAUUGCUUCCCCGAGUACGUGGGGCUCGCUCAAUCUGCCGGGAAUGCUUCCGGCCAGAUAGCUUCCGCCGAAGGGGAGCUGCAGCUGGCACGGAAGGUCAAUCUGGCCAUCGCCGACUUCCUUGCUCGGGGCGGGAAGGACACGAUCAACUACACCGACAUUUCGGCCGGCAUUUUGAGAUCCAAGCCGCCAUCGGCAAGUGCUUUGCCUGGCAUCUACACAUUCGUACUUCGGUACGGUGGUGGAGCUGGACCAGACUCUUUCCUCAGUAGGAGCGAGACCUUCAUCAGGGCCCACGGCUUCGCUGCCCGAUGCUUGGGUUCGGAGUUUUGGCAAGCGAUGGGAGCCGAGAUCAAAGGUGCCGCAAAUCAGAGGGUGAUUUGGAGGCACAUGCUGUUGAAACUGGCGUUUUGCGGCCCCGAGAAGCUGCUGAGCCUGGCCGACCUCCGGCGAGCCUUGUCGGCGAAGGACAUCCUCGCCAAAGCCGACGAAGCAGAGGCCCUUCGGAAGUACGAUGAUGUGGGGGCACCGGUGAACAAUGCUCGUGUCCUCGAGCUGGGAUUCGAGAAGGGGGUGCAGGUUAUCCGAAAAGCGGAUGACGUGGUGGCUGUGAUCGAAGAGAUCCUCCCGGACAAAGUCAUCUUGCAGCUCGCCAGCGACGGCUCCCGUGUCACCUCCUCGGCGACAGCAUUUAUCGACGGCAAAUGGAAAAAGCAUUCAGAGAAAGCCCAGCCAACCGAGCUGGAGCAGUGGUGGUCGUCUUCCCCAUCCGCCUCCCCUGAGUUUCUGGCCGCCACGAUCAAGGGCCGGGUCCUGUUGGCAAUGUUGCAACAGUGGGAGGGCUUCAAGCACGAGCAGAGCUUGCAAGUGUUUUCGAAGCCGAAGGAUGUGAAGUCGCUGAAGGCAUUCGCUGUUGGUACCCUCGCAGUGCCUGUCACCACGAGUCGUGUGGACAUCCGCCCCAGUGCCCAAGCCGGCUUGCAGGGUGCCAUCAUGAUUGGAAGCAUGAAAGGUGCAGGGCCGGAUAUGGCCGUUUACAUCCUCCCAACGGUGUCCUUUCCGAAGGACAGCAACAUCGGCUUCGUGUCCCCUGCUUGGAUCAUGAAGGCGAGCUGCGACAGAGACGAGUGCAACGUCGAGCUUGUUGGCCCCAACAAGAAUUGGAACAAGCAAAAGCUGGAGAAGCUGACCGCAGCGAUCCACUUGCCGUCUCUCAAAAACUUCCGCAAGAUCGAAGCCGAGGACUCCUUGAUCCUCUACAGGCCAGAUUUGGCGAAAGCGCAUGACAUCGAGAAGCUCCAGCCCGUGGCAUUGGCUCGCGACACCAUGUCCGAUGAUGAGCAGAUGGCUCCUGCAGAGGAUGCCGAGGCUCCAAAUGCGGAAAUACCGAUCUCCAUCCUGAAAGUCACGUGCGUCAAAGGGCCACACCUGAAGCAGCCUUGGCUCCCGGAUGUGCAAACGGUCGGUGGUGUGGAGUAUAUCAAACUUCACAAAUGGGAUCGGGAUCUCACCCUCUUCUCGACCGGAACACCGCUGAACUUCGCUGCCACAGGCAGGCGGCCAGCUCACAACAUAAAUGUGCAGUGGUUCGAGGAUACCAAAAGGCUUCGGCGGGAAGCUUGCGAUGCCGCCGUCAGGAAGAUCAUCGCAGAUGCAGCCGAGGCGGAGGGCAAGCCGGUGCCCCCGAGAAUCAGACCGGCCCGGGAAGAGGACCAAUUUCUUGUCGGCAAGACGGUGAUGCUCGAUUGCCCGGACAUUCUUGACCAGCACGAUCAGGUCUUGCAGCCGGCCAGGCAAAUCCAGUUUCUCUGGGGCACGACAAGCGACUUGUUCAUGGAACUGAAUGAAGACAACCUCGCCUACAUUCGUUGUGCCAUCAAGGAAUCCGCCCCUUUCAUCCAGCAGCCCAGCAAAAGGAACUUGGGUGUUGGACCGGCGGCCGUUUCUUGCACGAGCCUUUGUUUGAGGGCCUCGCUUGGCUUCAUUGUGGAGCUUUGCACCAUGUCUCAAAAGAGGCUUCGCGAUGAUGGUGUGAUGAAGAUGGAGGAGGACCCAACCGGGUCUUCGGCCGUGGAGGAUGCCUAUUGGUUGACGGGCGACGAUGGCUACGACUGGUGGGACGAGGCGGUCAUGAAAGACGAGCUGCAGGAGGAGGCGGAGCAAGAAGAAGUGCAGCUGGAGGAGGAGCCGGUGGCAGCGGCGCCAGUGCCGACGGCACCGGUGGCACCGGCAGAGCCGCCUUUGCCGCCGCCGCCGGGGCCGCCGCCGGUUGAUGGCCGUGGUGGUGGUGGACAGAAGGGCCAUGGCUUCCAGAUGGGAAGCAAGGGCUUCUACAAAGGGUAUGGCGGCGGGAACAACAAGAAGACCGGCCAGUGGUACCACAAGCAGCCCAAGUACCCCAAGUACGAGCACCAGUAUGACUAUGCCUACGACACCAAGUGGAAGGACUCCAGCUACUACAAGCACGACUCCAGCUACCCCAAGUACGACUCCAAGUAUGGAAAGAAGGAGUGGAAGGACGGCUGGAAGGACGACCGGAAUUCCACCAGCAAGAGUAUCCAGCACCAGCGGGAGAACCAGGACAUCCGAGCCACGAACAAGGCCUUGGUUGAGAGUGCUGCCGUGUACCAGCAGCACAUGGGGCAGGCUCUUGACACAAUGAGCAGGUUGACCCGCAUGCUAGAGGUCGACAGGACGUGA